AUGCGGUGUGACAUAUUUGGAUGCAAUUCGGACAACCAGUCCAAGAAAAACCCUUUAAAUAAAAACAUUAAAUUUAAUCGAUUCCCGAAAAACUUUGAUUUGUGGAAACAGUGUUUAAAUGCCACAAAAAUAAUAGACAAUAUUUACGUUAAGACCGCUUCUGUUUCCUAUAAACAUUUUCUGGACAGUGACUAUAAGUUUAAUUUAAAACACCAACGCUUAAACUACAGCCCUAAAUGUUAUCAAGGACUGAAAGCAUUUAUUAUUUCUUCAAUAUUAAGUUUAAUAAAAACGCACUAUGUCCAGAAAUUUCUCUAUUUUAUUUGA